CCUAAGCUUGGUCAUGGCGGUGGGGUAGCUAAUAAGGCGCCCAACUAACGUUAGUUCCAAGUUGCGCUGAGGACCAAGAAAUAUUUCCUCGCGACGACGAUAACCUCUCAUUCUCAUCAACGUUCCAAGUCCUUGCUCCAACUAAUCUCGGCUUCAAUUCGUCAAUAUGGGUGACCUCCCCACUACGUUCGACAAGCCUGUCCAUAUCGCCGUAAUUGGCGGUACUGGUCUCGGUCAGCUCGAAGGCUUCGAGCCCGUCGCUGCUCUCAACCCUAUUACACCUUGGGGACCCCCGGCCUCGCCGAUCCAGAUACUCUCCCACAAAGGUAGCUACGUCGCUUUCCUUGCUCGCCACGGUGUUCACCAUCAGUUUGCUCCUCACGAGGUCCCGAACCGCGCAAACAUCGCUGCUCUACGACAUAUCGGUGUUAGAUCCGUCAUUGCCUUCUCCGCCGUCGGUUCUUUGCAAGAGGAGAUCAAGCCUAUGGACUUUGUCGUCCCGGACCAGGUCAUUGAUCGCACAAAGGGCAUCCGUCCUUUUACCUUCUUUGAGGGUGGUGUAGUUGGACACGUUGGCUUCGCCGACCCUUUCGAUGCAGGCCUUGCCAAGGUGGUCAAGGCUUGUGCAGCUCAUAUGAAAGGUGACGGCGUCAUAUUGCACGAGAAGGGCACGGUCAUUGUCAUGGAAGGACCACAGUUCUCAACUCGCGCCGAGUCCAACAUGUAUCGAUCUUGGGGAGGAUCUGUUAUCAACAUGUCGACCCUUCCUGAAGCCAAGCUUGCCCGCGAGGCCGAACUGGCCUACCAGGUGAUUGCCAUGGCCACCGAUUAUGAUUGCUGGCAUUCAUUUGAGGAUGUUAAUGUUGAGCUGGUCAUCAAGUACAUGAAGGCUAACAACGAAAAUGCCAAGCGACUCGUAGCGGGUGUCUUGGAUCGACUUGCUGAGCUCGAGAACAGCGACCUGGUUCAAGCAAAGCACUGGGCUGGCGCCUCUCAAGGAGCCGUCAAAUUCAUGACCAAGCCAGCUGGCCGUGAUCCCGAGGCCAUGAAGAAGGUCGAGUACCUUUUCCCUGGCUUCUGGGAGGGAUAAACUCAAGGUGCCUAGUCAGAAACAGAAAGAGACGGAUAUUCGAGGGUAAACCAAAGUACUUACGUACACAAAGACGGAUUGGCUUUUGCUGUGAUAGAGGCGUUAUUGUAAAGCGGCGGAAUAAUCAUCGGUCAUCGAUAAGAGUCCGAAUUCCAUGCGUCUGCUUGCUCGUCGAUGAGGUUAUUUCGAAUCAUGCACUCGCCAAUGGGCACAAAGACCCAAUUGAGGUCAGAAUAACGUGAGCUAUUAAGAGCACAGGUCCAAUUGCUGUCGAUCAGACCUUUUUCCUUUUUUUGAUAGGACAGUAAAGUACGCUCAGGACGUCACCGGGCCACGACACAAUAGUCCAUGGUGUUGAAUGACCCCUGGUCCCUGACAAGGGUUCGUUGCUGCAUCGUCCACACCCGAGGCUCAUGGCUGAGGAUGGCUUUUUUUUUGUGGCAGUCGAUUUCUGGCGUCACGCUCUGAUGUCGUAUUUUCUCUUUUGUUUCCUCAGGCCCUGCAUAUGCCCGUUGAUGUGGCAAAAGCGGCUCUCACGUUGUCUGUCCAGCCCACAACGUCGCAUGCAUUGAUGCUUCUCAUGCCUGGCGUUUUCGCUGUGAAGCAUUGAGGCCCGAGCCGUACUGUAAGAACGAUUCAGGAUAUGAGCUGUAAAGCUCACAGGACCACAAAUACUAGCUUUUCAAGCGUCGUUCCUGUGCCUUGUAUCCAUGUUCGUGAAUCAUAUGUAAAUCGGCAACGGCCCGCCCUAAAGGCAGAUUUUGCCAGGGCCCUAGUCAAAUGCUACCUGACAUUUCUUGCAGCUCACAUUAGUCUCGCAGCACGGGUGGUCGCUGUACAACGAACGUCCCUGAAGAUGUCUUGUUAGUUAUAACAGAAGAUCUUAUUCACACUCUUAACCCUUGAAUGUUGACGGCAACCCUUGUACUUAGUGAUGCAAUAAUUAGGUGUGUUACUUGAAUGAUAAUUCAAUCGUCUUACCUGCGUG